UUUAAUAUUCAUGAGACAAGCACGCACAACGGCUCUUUAAAGUCAAAUAAACGCCGUGGCGCGACUCGUGUUGCAAACGGUAUGUGUGCUGCAUCGCGGAGGUACCAGCAGCGAACUGAGAGACGAACCGAACCUGCGCGACAGCGAGACUGUUCUAGAGAAUGACGUCCAUUUGUCCAAGAUGCGACAAGACGGUGUAUUUCGCAGAGAAAGUGAGCUCUCUGGGGAAAAACUGGCACCGUUUCUGUCUGAAAUGUGAACGCUGUAGUAAGAUUCUGUCUCCUGGAGGCCAUGCAGAGCAUGACGGAUUGCCAUACUGUCAUAAACCAUGUUACGGGACCCUCUUUGGACCAAAAGGUGUAAAUAUCGGAGGGGCGGGGUCUUACAUAUAUGACACACCACCUCAGACACCUGUCAACAAAUCAUGUAACAGCCCUUCAGAAGGAUUGCCCACUACACCUUGGACCAACACACAGAUCAACUAUCAUCAACCUAAAGCUUCCUCUGCUCCUGCACGUAUGUUUGCUGGAGAAACGUACUUGUGUCCCGGCUGUGGAAAAGCAGUUUAUUUCGCUGAGAAGGUGAUGUCAUUGGGGCGCAACUGGCACAGACCUUGCCUUCGCUGUGUGAGGUGCAAGAAAACACUGACUCCUGGUGGCCAUGCAGAGCACGAGGGCAGGCCUUACUGCCAUGUGCCCUGCUACGGGUACCUUUUUGGACCAAAAGGUGUGAACACUGGAAAGGUGGGCUGUUACAUUUAUGAGAAAGAAAAUGCAGAGAAUGAAAUGCCAAGUGAACGUUAAGUCAAAAAGGAAAAAGCUUCUUUUUUUAUUUUUUAUUUGGUACAGACAUGUUUAUUUUAUUUUACAUUAUUAAUGUAAACUGAAUAGGUUUAUUUUACAGCACAGAUCAAAUGCAACUUUAACUGCAUAUACAUGUGCUCUAAUUGGGAAUUAGAAAUGGCCUCUGGCAUCUAAGAAAAUAUUCAUACAAAACAACAAUCCCCACUCAUACAUACAUAAAGACACUCACACAUAGGCUCUUUCUGUCUCUUUCUUUCUUUCUUUCUUUCUUUCUUUCUUUCUUUCUUUCUUUCUUUCUUUCUUUCUUUCUUUCUGUUUAACAUUCCCUCAUACACACAUAAUUUCCAUCUGCAUUCACACACACCUCCAUUUAGCAUCUUAUUUAGAUAUAUUUUUUGUAAUCAUUACAUGGCACUGGAGAGAAUGGUAAAUCCUUUAGUUGUGUAACUAAUAAAAAUAUUUUAAAAGAACUCUGGAAUUACUGUCUUAAUUUGAAAGCUAAACAAAAUGCUUACACUAAACAAUCGAACAACAGGGCAAAAUAUUCAUUUGGUUCAUUUUAAAAGGGUUGAAUGCACACACAGUCUUUGACAAUUCUCAGC